GGAGGAGUCUUACCCUAAUGUAAGAUGGUGGCCCGUCUGGCUGUGGAACCCACCGAAAGCUGAGAGUCUCUCUCUCAGCCGUAAAGGUCGGACUCGUUGAAGCAGUCAGACCCGGUUCUGAAGAGUUUUUUCCCCGACACUCUUUCAGUGCUCUCUUGUGAGGACGCGGCAGCGCGUGGAGUCGGCUAAGGGAAAAGCGAGGCAAAGCAGGCGGGUCUUCAAAAUUCUACCUUUUAGCUCCAAGUGCUGAACUUCCUUCUCCCUUAAAUUAUUAUAAAUUUUUGCUGCUGUUUAAUAAACGUGAAGAUGUCUCGCAGUCCUGAUGCGAAGGAAGACCCUGUGGAAUGCCCUCUUUGCAUGGAGCCCUUGGAGAUAGAUGAUAUCAACUUUUUCCCUUGCACCUGUGGCUACCAGAUUUGCCGAUUUUGUUGGCAUCGAAUUCGCACUGAUGAAAAUGGGCUUUGUCCUGCAUGUAGAAAGCCAUAUCCAGAAGACCCAGCAGUUUACAAACCACUCUCCCAGGAAGAACUGCAGAGGAUAAAGAAUGAGAAAAAACAGAAACAGAAUGAGAGAAAACAGAAAAUAUCAGAAAAUCGCAAACAUUUGGCUAGUGUACGUGUUGUACAAAAAAACCUCGUCUUUGUUGUAGGUCUGUCUCAGCGCCUGGCAGACCCAGAGGUUUUAAAACGACCAGAAUAUUUUGGAAAAUUUGGUAAAAUACAUAAAGUUGUCAUCAAUAAUAGCACAUCAUAUGCAGGCUCACAGGGUCCAAGUGCCAGUGCUUAUGUCACCUAUAUCCGGUCAGAAGAUGCUCUCAGAGCCAUACAGUGUGUCAACAAUGUGGUGGUAGAUGGCAGAACACUUAAGGCAUCUCUAGGUACAACAAAAUACUGCAGUUACUUCUUAAAGAAUAUGCAGUGUCCAAAACCCGACUGCAUGUAUCUACAUGAAUUGGGGGAUGAGGCAGCCAGCUUCACAAAAGAAGAAAUGCAGGCGGGUAAACACCAAGAAUAUGAACAGAAGCUGCUUCAAGAAUUAUAUAAAUUAAACCCCAAUUUUCUUCAGCUAUCUACGGGCUCCGUUGAUAAGAAUAAGAACAAAGUGACACCGCUGCAGAGGUAUGAUACCCCCAUUGACAAACCUUCAGAUUCUAUCAGUAUAGGGAAUGGUGAUAAUUCCCAGCAGAUAUCUAACAGUGAUACACCUUCACCACCACCUGGUUUAUCAAAAUCCAAUCCAGUCAUCCCCAUCAGUUCAUCCAAUCACAGCGCACGGUCUCCUUUUGAAGGCGCAGUAACAGAGUCACAGUCGUUAUUCUCAGACAAUUUUCGCCAUCCCAACCCUAUCCCAAGUGGGCUUCCUUCUUUCCCCAACUCCCCACAGACAUCCAGUGAUUGGCCUACAGCACCAGAACCACAGAGCCUCUUCACAUCAGAAACAAUCCCAGUAUCAUCUUCUACAGACUGGCAAGCAGCAUUUGGCUUUGGCUCUUCUAAACAACCAGAAGAUGACUUGGGUUUUGAUCCCUUUGAUGUCACUCGAAAAGCCUUAGCAGACCUGAUUGAGAAGGAACUGUCCGUCCAAGACCAACCUUCCCUUUCACCCACAUCUCUUCAGAACUCCUCUUCACACACUACAACCGCCAAAGGUCCAGGCUCUGGAUUCCUGCAUCCUGCUGCACCUACAAAUGCCAACUCUCUCAAUAGUACCUUUUCAGUCUUGCCACAGAGGUUCCCUCAAUUUCAGCAGCACCGAGCGGUUUAUAAUUCAUUCAGUUUUCCAGGGCAGGCAGCCCGCUAUCCUUGGAUGGCCUUUCCACGCAAUAGCAUCGUGCACUUGAACCACACAGCAAACCCCACCUCAAACAGUAAUUUCUUGGACUUGAAUCUCCCGCCACAGCACAACACAGGUCUGGGAGGGAUCCCUAUAGCAGACAACAGCAGUUCUGUAGAGAGUUUAAAUAUGAAGGAAUGGCAGGACGGGCUAAGGGCACUUCUACCCAACAUUAACAUCAACUUUGGUGGACUGCCCAAUUCUUCUUCCCCCUCCAACGCCAACCACAGUGCACCAACGUCCAACACUGCCACCACCGACAGCCUGAGUUGGGACAGCCCUGGCAGCUGGACAGACCCAGCCAUCAUCACAGGUAUUCCAGCAACUUCAGGAAACAGUUUAGACUCUCUUCAAGAUGACAAUCCUCCACACUGGCUAAAAUCCCUUCAGGCCCUCACAGAGAUGGACGGCCCCAGUGCUGCUCCAUCACAAACCCACCACAGCGCCCCCUUCAGCACACAGAUCCCUCUGCACAGAGCCAGUUGGAAUCCCUACCCUCCUCCUUCAAACCCUUCCAACUUCCAUUCCCCACCCCCAGGCUUUCAGACAGCCUUCAGACCCCCCAGCAAAACCCCUACAGAUUUACUACAGAGUUCAACACUGGACCGCCACUAGGCAAAGAGGAGAAGCCAGUAGCAAACGCAGGAUUUGUCCCACCCUGUUUUCUCCCUCUCAGCCCACCCACUGCUCCCUUCUCAUCUCUUAUGUUCUGAAGAAUUCAGUUCCUGAUCAAUUUUUUUUUCUCCCUGCCCCCAGAUGCAAUGUGAUCACAGGGUCAUUGCCAUCUUUUCUUUUAAAUUGUAAAAGUUUCUGUUGAUCCAGCAUUUGAGUGACAUUGUUGAAUGUUUCUAAAAAUGCCUUUAUAAGGAGAGGGAAAAAAAAGAAAUCGAAGGGCAGUCUCGAUACUUAGAAAAUUACUGUUUGUUGCGCAUAAUAAUGACAUAAUCUGCUUAGCAGAAAAUGGCGAUUAAUCUCUAGGAAAGUUCAAGGAAAUGCAUUAUCAACUGCAGAAUUUAGAAAACCAGGUUAAUUUAAAUGAGAUUGCUAAAUGCAUGCGGGAAAGCAGUGGUCCUGGCAUCCAUCUUGUAUUCAGCUUAUCACUAUUGCAGGGAAAUGCUUUUAAUUUAAUUUAAUUUCUUAAUUCUUUUGGUGAGUUGAUGGGGAGGACUUGAUUGUGUCAUUAAGCAAAAGAAUUUAUUGGAAGUUGAUAGAAAGACAAAUUGAUCUGUAAUAGUAACUGGCCUAUUGCUAAAGAGUUUAUAAGGAGGGGGGAAGGAGAUUUUUUUUAAAAGGAGAAAAAAUUUUUGGCUGUAGAUUUAAAGUAAAUUCAAAUGUCCU